AUGCGUUUUUCAACUAUUGCUUUCUUUUUUGCCUGCGCUGCAUUUGUAGUUUCAGUAAGUCUAAAUUCACAUAAAAAUUUUUAAAAUUUUGCAACAAAAAAAAACCUCCAGGGAAGUGUUUUACGUGAAAAAAGACAAUGUGGUUGCGGAUCUUCUCAACAACCUCAAUGUUCCUGCCAACAAGUUCAGCAAACUUCCACUUGCUCAUGUCAAGCUGCUCCAGCUCCAUCUCCAUCUUGCUCAUGUGCUGCUCAAACUCAACCAAUCCAAGUUCAAGCAACUCAAUGUGUUCCAGCUUGUCAACAAAGUUGUGCUCAACAAUGUCAAACUUCUACAGUUUCACAAUGCCAGCCAAGAUGCCAGCAAGAUUGUCAAAUUCAAUGUGCUCCAGCUCCAGCUCCAAUUUCAACUACAACACAAGCUCCACAAAUUGUUCAAAUUCAAUUAGAAGUUCAAGCAACUCAAUGUCAACCACAAUGCCAGCAAAAAUGCCAAUCAACUUGUGUUUCACAACCAAAUUGUAAUCAAUCUUGUAAUCAACAAUGCUCAAAUCAAUGUCAGCAAUCACCAAUUCCAACUACAACAACAUCUACACCAAUUCAAAUAAUUCUUCAAACAUCAAUUAGUCAAUCUCAAAAAUGUCAACCAGAAUGUGAAUCUUCUUGCCAACAACAAUGUGUUCAACAACAACAGCAACCAAUUCAACAAUGUCAAUCAGCUUGUCAAUCGACUUGUUCUAACUCGUGUUCUGCAUCUUCAAUGCCUUGUAAUCCAACAACAAAUACAAAUCAAUGCUCAUGUCAAACUAAUUAUUCACCAUGUGGAAAUGGACAAUGUUGUAGAAGAAAAUAA